AGAAGAUGUCAUCCCUAAUAAAAGCAGCAUACAAGGAGUUUUGCUAACUAAUAUCAAAGCGACUUGUUUUGAUCUCACCCCAGCUGAUAUUCCAACGAGGCCAGCCAUUGAUCACCUGGUGGGAAACAAGGCCAGUAGAUACGCUCUACUGAAAUCUGUUAUUUAUUCACUGGAAUCCCUACUUUCAAGCAGAUACAUUCCGUUUUGGACUUAGAUCUGUCUGUCGCCAACAUGCAGUAUACACCUUUUGCUUCUGAUAUAGAGCUUCCUUUCUACACAUCCUUGGCUUCGCUGAAAAUAAAUCAUGACAAACUCGAUGACUCUGCUCGUAAGCUGCUUGGACUUUACGAGAUCAGAUCUGCUGAUCGCCCGGAGACUUCGUGUCGUAUGCAAAUUCAUGGGACUGCCUUGACCCGAGAUGAAGUGCCCGCUGGCUACUAUAGGGCUGAAGGGAUGAUAAAGAAUGUCAACACAAUCGAAGAAUACCGCAAUACAGACAAGAAUGCUCUUUUAUUACAAACUGGAAAGACGAUAUGGGAUGCAAUCAAUGAUGGGACCAUUUACUCAUGCCCAUCCCUGCUAGUGUCAUUUAUUGCGCUUUCCUUUGCGGAUUUGAAAAAAUAUAAAUUUUCGUAUUGGUUUGCAUUUCCCGCAAUCCAUUCAUCACCAUCAUGGACACCCGUGCUGGAUCCGAAGCCAUUAUCAGGCAGUGAAAGUUCCACCCUAGUUGACGCUGUUCAAACAUGGCGAUAUGGGGUUGAUGCUCGCCAACACGGGUUCUUUCUUGCUAGGAAGGAUUGGCAUGCGGGUAACAGUUCAUCAGGUGGCACUCCGUCUAACACAGAAAAUGUCGAUAACCAGCAAUCCUUGCCAUCAAAAGCAAAAGAGCUGGGGUUUUCCUGGAAAAUUUCAUCACUUUCAGGGUUUGAAGUUGGAUUUUUUAGCGAUAUUUUGCCCGAAGAUUGUUUUGUGUGUUUCGCUGAUCCAUCGAACUACCCAGAUGCUCCAGGUUGGAUGUUGAGGAACCUGUUGGUUCUUGUUCGCCAACGAUGGAAACUUAACGAAGUUAAUAUUCUUAGAUACCGCGACGUUCAAUCGAAAAGGGAUCAAGGUCGAAGUAUUGUCAUAAAAUUGAGAUCGGAUGCAGCUCAACCUGACGGUAAAGACUCGCAGCUCGGGUCCGAAAUGCCCAUGCCGAAAGUCACCGGAUGGGAACGAAAUGCCGCGGGCAAACUAACUGGAAGAAUCACUGAUCUCACAGAAUACAUGGACCCCAGAAGGCUGGCUGAUCAAUCAGUGGACCUCAAUUUGAAACUUAUGAAGUGGAGGAUCAGCCCUAACCUGGAUCUCGAGAAAAUCAAAAACACAAAAUGCCUUUUGCUAGGUGCAGGAACUCUGGGUAGCUACGUUGCACGCAAUUUGUUGGGGUGGGGUGUUCGAAAAAUUACGUUUGUAGAUAAUGGCACAGUGUCAUUCUCCAAUCCUGUUAGACAGCCACUGUUUGGGUUUAAUGACUGCUUGGGAGGAGGGACUAAGAAGGCCCUUCGCGCUGCCGCAGCUCUUGAAGAAAUCUAUCCCGGUGUUGACGCUUCUGGCUUUGUGAUAUCUGUCCCAAUGCCGGGUCACCCAAUAACCGACGCUUCGAAAGCCGAACUUGAAUUUCGGGAACUCAAGAAACUGGUUGACGAACACGAUGCGAUAUUUGUUUUGUUGGAUACUCGAGAGGCUCGGUGGUUACCAACCGUUAUGGGAAAGGCAACCGGAAAAAUAGUGAUGAAUGCAGCGCUUGGUUUCGACACAUAUGUUGUAAUGCGUCACGGCGUUGAAAAUAGCUCGGCGCCAGAAACAGAACUGGGAUGCUACUUUUGUAAUGACGUUGUUGCUCCAGCUGAUUCUGUUAAGGACCAAACGCUAGACCAACAGUGUACGGUGACUCGUCCCGGCAUAGCUGCAAUAGCAUCCGCCUUGUUAGUUGAGUUGUUUGUGUCCACUUUGCAGCAUCCAAAUGGUCCAGCUGCACCUGCAUCCUCCCUCCAACAAGAAAGCCACGCCGAUCACCCUCUCGGAAUCGUCCCCCAUCAAAUCAGAGGGUUUUUGUCUAAUUUUUCGAACGUGGUCGUAUCCGGGAAGAGCUACAACUGUUGUAGUGCUUGCUCAGGUAAUAUAACGGAUGCCUAUAAGACACAGGGGUGGGAUUUCGUUCGCAAGGCGGUGAAUGAACGUGAUUAUGUUGAAGAGUUGAGCGGUCUGAAGGAGAUUCAGCGCGCAGCCGAGGAAGCGUCAGCUUCCCUUGACUUCGAGGAGAGCGAUUUCGAAGAAGGCGAUGGAGAAAUGAUUUAGGACAUAGAAUAAAUGACCAACGCACAUUCUUUCCAUGCCCAUUUCCAGUUGCAGACGGUAUAUCGUAAACGGCUCCGUUACAGCUUGAGCGGCGGUAUGAACUAUUGGUCCGACAGAACGGCACCUCUGGAGGCAUUAUGUUUCCGUCUUAAACCGAUAAAGUAUGCUUCUUUCGAUUCCUGGCAGAAAAUUUAAUUAGUGAGAUAUCAAGAUUAGCGGGCUUCCCAACGUACGCUACGAGAAGAUUCUGGCUUUUCCCGAUGGACGUUCUGGAAUAGUUCUUUCAAUUGCCUUUCCAGUGCUUUAUCUUCAGCACCUUGAUAAAACUUGCAAACGAAAUGACCUCCCGUUUUCAAGACGUUGAAACUAAACUCCAGCGCCGCCCUGCAAAGGUCCUAUCCUCCUCAUUAGUGACACAGGUAAAGUAAAGACGGCGAGAGACGUGUAUCAAUCAUACCAUGCUUCCGGCAUGAUCUCGAAAGCUCAUUCCGCUCGUGUUCAUCAUCCUGUGAUAAGGGUCACUAAGGCUUUUCUUCCAGAAACCAGUUGUUUGAUCCCAGGGGGCAGACAUGUCGCUUAGAACCACAUCAACCGUCUUAUCCGCGACAGCAAUAUCGGGGAUAUCUUCAUUGCCACCGUCUACCUGGGCAAUAUGCAAGCUAGCACUCCGUUCCCUAUCAAUGUAACCUUCAGUUUCUUCCACUUCGCUAUCGGCCUGUGGUUGCGAACGUGGAUCGGCGUCGUCGAAGUGGUUGAGAGACUGUGCUCUUCCACGAUUAGGGUUUCGUAGGAAUUCUUGGACGUAAGCUUGUAUCUGCGGAGAAAGGAAGUUUCCUUGGAUUGUUGAGACACCUUUCGGAGGUUGAGCAGGAAUUAUAUCCACUCCGACUACACGGCCUUUGGGCUGCGUGAGGUCCACGGCGACCUGGAAGACAAUGAUUAGAACCCUAGAGGGAAGAAGGGACAAGGCACGCGGGCAUUCGGACCUGUGACCAAGAUCCGGGGGCAUAACCCUUGUAUAGUCAGCUAUAUAUCCAAGAGAAGCUGUUGGAAGUAGUAAAUUCAUCCAUACCAAAUCUACUACACUUUGACCGGGUUUAAAUAUUUUAUGUUUUUCAUUAAUCUGUCGAAGCUAGUCGUCAGCCCAGGGCAGCACAAACGCUGGCGUCGAAGGGAUGUCACCUGUAUUAGUUUAAAUGCUGCACGGCUUUUCAAUCCUUUCACUGCUGCUUCUCUCGAGUAUUUGUCCUUUGCUUGCCGAGCUUGCCAUCGCUUAGACGACGAGGAAUAUCUUUUCGAUAUCUCAAUCACUACCCGCGAUUCCCAGCUGCAACUUUUACCCGUUGGUAGCCACACAUGGGAGGAAAGACGGAGAUUGAGGAGUUUCAUAUGGGAUUAGGUAAACCGAGUGUGAAUUUUUGAGUUGCAAUAAUAUUGAAAAUUGUUUCUUUUCCCUCAUGGGAAUGAAUAUUUGAGAGAAGAAAAAAGACCACACUAAAUUUUAUCACGUGGCUAUAGCCGUUGCGCAGCCGCAAGCUCAACAAGGGGCAUGACCAUGAUAUUAAAUUUUCAACAGAACCCGCAGGUAGCUAUUAUUUCUCUAGAAUGGAGUACAUUGGACACCGCAUAAAAGAUCGCUAAGAUCGGUUGACCUUGCUUUUCCCAAGAGGUACAUAAAACGUUAAGAAUAAAGAAGUAGGUAUUUCUAUAGGGGAGCGAACUAUCUAAUCUCUCGCAGCUCGAAUAUCCCGUCGCAAAGGAGAGAUAUCUGCAUACGCCUCUAAUCCUCGACCGCCACCAAGUCGUCGACUCGGCGCACCUAGCCCGAACUGACCUCCCCGGAGAGCUCGAAAUCCAGAUGGUAUCCGUCUUCUAUCCUUAUUGGGAUCCCCAAAGCCGUCUUCAUCAUCAUCAAACAGCGUGCCCUCUGGCUUCCUAGGAAGAAGUCUCCGCUUGAUUCCCGCAUUCUUAUUUGUCGUCGACGUUGAUGACUCAUGUUGUGGUUUUGUGGAUUGCAUAACUUCGUGGUCAUCGUCGGAAUUCACCAUGACGGAUACAUCUUGCGAUUUUGCCGGACGUCUCUGCUUCGUCGGUUUUGUAGCUUUUGAGCUAGAGGGUUUGCGAGGCUUUGGACGGUCAUGUUCAGCAUCCUCUUUAAUCCUUUUGGUUCGCCUACGGACUUCCUCUGCAUCUGAAUUAGUCUCGGACUCGUCUGAAGAUUCUGCCGUUGUACUGGUUCGAUUUAGGAAUGGCGUUGUGGAGAACGUUGAUUUUUCGCCGGGCACAGUGGGCACCCUGCUGAUUCUCCGGGGAGCUGCAGCUGCGCCUGGUGUGGCUAUCGUUAUCUCCGUCUCAAACCUAGAAGUGCUUCUCUUCCGUCUCUGGUCUUCCUGUCCAACAUCAUCCAAUAUUGUAGGGUGGUCUAAGUCGCUGUUAUCCUUUGACUGCCGUAACUUAUUUCGAAGCGUAGCCAGCUUGUUUUCGAGAACCGAUCGAUGGCGCGCCCACUCGAGCGCUUCAGUUUUCAUGUCAUUUUCAAUUUUUUCCCGUUCACGCCGCUCUCUUGCAAGUUCCUUAUUAAACUCCCCCAAUUCGCUGAUAAUCUUGCUGUCCAUCUCACUUUGUUCCAGACACUUCAGCCGUGCCUUUUCUAACGCAUUUUUCUCGUUUUGAAGCUCGACUUCUAGCGAGCGUAGCUGGCGUUCUAGCGACAGCUUCUCAGACAUCAAAGCCUGGUGAGACGAGUUUUGUGAUCUCAGGUGCUCAAUUUCGUGUUUCAAAUUGGAUAUUUCUCGCGUCAUGGCUCGUUUUUCUGCCAGCAGCUUACUCGAGUCGGCUACUGUCACUUGUAAUUCGCUUAUGUUUGACUGUGGUUAUAUUAGUAUUCAUCUUAUACCUGUACACCUGAAAUGCUUGCCUUUAAAUCGUCAAUUUCCCGUAAGUGGGCCCGAAGCGAAUUUCGUAAGUGGUCGAUAUCAUUCUGUGCUUGCUUCAACUGCUCCUGUGCUUCUGAACCAAUCUUCU